CAUACACAUCAAAAAUUAUUUAACGUAAAUUAUGUAUUUAUAACGCAAUUUGUGUAUUUAUUUUAAUCGUUAUUUGGUAUGAAACGAAGCAUAUGUAUGCUUCUCGUAUAAAGCUAUGUUUGGUUUUCUCAUAUCAUUGAUUUAUAAAAAUUUAAUCUUAUGAACAAAUAAUAACACCGUGACAGUUAAUCUGAGCUCUUAUUCAUCGUUAAAAUGUUUGAUUUUUUAUCAAACACAAUGUAUAUACUUAUAUUUUGAUUUAAUUAAGGAUGGAAAAGUUCGGCCAAAAUGAUCAAGAAUUCUUUAAAUCACUUAUUCCCAAAGCACGUCCGUCAAUAAGAAAUACUAGUAUAAAUUCGGAAAAUUUAUUGCUAAAAAAAAAUAUGUACAAAUCCAGAUAUCAUUAUUCAAACCUUUCUGAUGAUUCUGAUGACAAUACACAAUCUGGAGAUGAUGAUGAUAGUGAUGAUCAGAAUCAUGAUAAUAAUAGAUAUAGUGGUGAAUCAUUAAACAAUUCAUCACAAAAUGUAUUAGACUCCUUUAGGAGUGCAAACAAUUAUUCUUAUACUUCAAAAGUAUAUGAAAGAAAUUUUCAUAGUCCAAAUACAAGUCAUCCUUUAAAUACUACUAGUAACUAUUCUCCAAAACCAAUACAUUAUCGGUCUAAGCAAAAAUCAGGCACCCAAUAUCCUAAUAUAUUUUUAUGUAGUGUGGCUUGCAUUGUGGUUCUCAGUAUUUUCUUCAUUAUCCAAGCAGUACCUUGUAAAAAUGUAGAUCAAGAAACAUUGAAGCCUAAAGUGGAAACAAAAGCAACACAAUUAAUUAAAGUAGAUAAAAUGCUAGACAAAUCAAUGCAGAUUAUUAAAACAAAGUUUAAUAAUCAAAAGUCUACUAUUUGGAAUGAUAUAUCAGCUGCUAUAUAUGAUGUAAUUUUGUAUCCUAAGAAACCUUCAAUUAUUACUUUAUUUGGAAAAGAAGUAAAUACUUUGAAUUGUUUGGCACAAUUACUUGGACAAUUAAGUGGUGCAAUCUUAGGUUGCAACAAUUACUUAAUACUGGCACCAAAAGAUUUUCCAAAUGAUGUUGGACAAGUUAUUUAUAAUUUAAAAGCAAAGAUUUUAGAAAAACCAGCAGUAAUAAUACAAGAUUUAUUGAAUGUAAAUACAGAGGCAAUCAAAGCAUUUCAUAAUUUUUGUGAUAGAGAAAAUCCUUUAGUUGAGCAUGUUAUUUAUAUUAUAACAAUGGUUGUUGAUGAUUACACUCUAUCCCAAAAGGAAUUAGAAUUUGUUGAAAAAAAGUUAAUUAGGAGAUUAUCAGGCAAAAUAGAGAAAGAUAUAUUAGAUCCAUUGAUAACUAGACUGACUGAUGGAAUUAUUGUACCAAUAUUACCAGAAUCAAGUACAAGUUUCAAUUAUACCGAUUGCUCUUUUCCUGAAGAGCAAAUAAAUAAAUUAAAGGCUGUGAUUUCUGAAUAAAAGUACAAGUUGUUAUCAUCAUGACAUAAGUGUAAUCAUACUAAGUUACUAAAUACAUGUGCACAACUUUUAUAAUAAUUGUACUUGUUAUAAUAAGUAGUUAUUUAUGUAUUCAGCAUUAAAUAAACAUUCUUAUGUAUUAAUAUUCAACUUUAUUUUGUUAUGUCAAAUGACAGUACAGAAAAUCAACAUUCUUUUAGAUAAAGAUUUCCAAUGAUGAUUUGCUGGUUUCUACAAAUUUUCAAAAAAUAUAACAACAAGAUCGAUGCCUCUGGCAUGAUUUUAAUUACGUUCAUAGAUGACGUGUUUAUAUAGCUAUAAAAUAAAAUAUAAUGAAUAAGUUCACUUCGUACGUGUCAUAUCUCAUUUUUAUUUUAACGUGUAAUUUGUCGGUCUACCGUCCACGUAGUUUUAUUCAUAGUCCUGUAUUGCCAAUUUACAAUGCGUUUAUUUUGUAACACUUUACACAUAAAAUCACAUGCACAGAAAAAAAGAAUUUCCUUUUAAUUACAUCGAAGAGAAUUUAAUAUUUUUAAAUCUAUUAUAAAUGUUGCAAUCAAAUAUUAAUGAAGUAGAUUUAUAUAAAAGUAUCGUGAUUACUUUAUAUCAAAAUUUUUACAACUUAUAUAAAAAUGUAUAUUUGAGGAAGCUUAGAACUGUAUGAAUUUAUUAGUAAUAAAACUUUAAGAUAUCUUUGUUAUUUAUUUAAGAAUAGCGUGCAACAACAUAAAAAUGGCAAAAUCAUUUUCCAACAUGCUUAUAUCCUAUUUGGUAAGCAUUUUAUAAAUUGGCAACAAAUCCUUGUAAGUCGACACCUUGCUAAAAGUAUGUUAUUAGCAAAGUGGUAACUUACGAGAUUUUUAUAAUACAGUCCUCCUCUGUCGUAAUAAUUCACGUCCGUAACUAAAAGUAGGUAAUAUAUAUAUAUUUAUAUUUAUAUUUAUAUAUAUAUAUCUUGCAUAAUGUAGCGUGGUACCGUCAAACCUAAAUAAUAAAUACAUUUUAUACAGUCACAGACCUUUUAUACAGAAUGUCCAAAAUUGAACGUGCUGUACAACUGUGAAGAAAAGACCGAAAUUAAAACAAAAAAAAAUAAAGAUCGAGAUAUAUACAUAUAUAAAUUUUGAUUUUGACGAUUCCAAAAAAAUAACAUUUUUAAAAAGAACACAAAAAUUUCGUUGAUAAAAAAUGUUUAUAAAAACAAUUAAACAUAACUAUUCUUAUUUCUGAUUAAUAUUUUAUAUUUAAUUGUUAACAUAAGCAUAGAAACAUGUAAAAAAACAUCUUGUAAUUUAAUAAAUUAUGAUAAGAGAAAAUAUUUUGAAAAUACACUUGUGCCGAUAUUAAAUAGAAUCAUUUAUAAUAAUAAAAAAAAAAAUAAAUAUUGCUAGGGUGACACAAGUGUGGCUUCGUUUUUUAAGGGCACUCUGUAUAGAAUAGCCUUAAAAUUACAAGAUACGUAUUUACAGUAAAAAAGUUUAAUUGGUCAUGUUCCUACCUAAUGUAGUAAGGAUGUGAGUACCGCGUUGCGUAAUGUUGUCCGUGUUGGCUACGUAGUCGCGUACUUCAGUCGUUAGUGUCUUGCCGGUUGUGCAAGUUUUUUCGUAAUUCUGAGUCAGUCGUAGGUCGUACAAGGUACAGGUCUAUCUCAAGUAAAUCGUCCUGAUCAAUAUUUCUGUACUUAUCUACUUAAGCACUAUGAUAUCUGUUAAUUUUAAUUAACUGAACGUUUCAUACUAAAUACGUCGUAUGCACGAAUUCAAAGAAAGAAAAAAAAAA